GUACCUUUUAGGUUUUUGUCUUAGAAAGCUUUGAACUUUUUGGAAAAGUGUUGGGUUGGUGGAUUAUGCAUUACCUGGAGCUAGCUUCAUCAGGUUCACUGUGCUGAAAUGUGGAGUAAUUCUGAAUUCUUGUCUUGGCAGGAGAAUGUAUCGCUCGCUGAUGUUCUUUCACUGCAAGAUAGCUGUCUUACUGAGCAGGAUAUUUGGGCUAUUUGUCUGGAGUGUAGUCAGUCUUUGAAGAACAUUGCCCACUCUACAGUCUUCCAGACCCUUUGCAUUACUCCUGACACUUUGGCUUUUAACACCAAUGGCAAUGUAUGCUUCAUGGAACAGAUCAGUGAUGAUCCAGAAGGAGCUUUUGUCCCACCAGAGAUUGAUGAAACUGGUAACACAUUUGAGGCCCAUCUGUAUUCCUUAGGAGCUACUUUAACAGCAGCACUAGAGUAUACAAUGGAAACUGAAACAGAUCUGGAAUUUAGCCAGGAUCUGUAUGCUCUGCUUGGACAAAUGCAGAAAGAAAAUCCUAAAGAAAGGCCAGAUAUUGAGGUUGUUCUAUCAUUAUGCAAAGAGAAACUCAAGCUUUCCUCCCCAAGUGAUAUUUGCCAGGCUCUUUCAGCUACUGGAAGAAAAAUGCUUUCAAUUGAAUCAUAUGGCACCUUUCAAGACAGUUCUGAUGACAUCUGGGAAGGAACGUUCUAUGAGAGCCCUUCGCCGAAUGAAGAGCGCCCAAAUAAUAACUUGGCUAAGACUAGAACACCAUCACCAGAGGACUUGAAGUUUGCUAGAAGUGAAUGUUCUUCUGGCACAUAUGCGUCGAAUGACGGAAACGGUGAUGUAAAGACCAUGAAAAUCAACAAGAAGGAGGAAAGAGUUUGCUGCCAAAGUAUUUCAACCUGGGUUACAAAAAGUCAAGAGAGGAACAGUUUUAUGAAACACAACAAGGAGUUAGAUGCUAAGCCAUAUGCAACCGGAGCGGAGAGAGAUACGUUUGAGAGAUACUGUUUAAGGAAAAUUAGAACUUUUCCAGAUGUGCCAUUUAACUCUGAGACAUACUCAGGAGCAUGUUUAUCUUUUAUAGGGAAUCACACUUCACCGACAAGGAAGCCAUGUCAGGGACAACCUGGUUGUACUGAGGACACUAUCUUAGAAGGAGCAUUAAUUCAGUGUGAUCAUCCUGAAUCAAAAUCAGAAUCUCUUCCGCAUAACAAUUUCGGAGAACUUUGUCUGAGCCCAAAUACAUCUUCAGUGUAUCCAAACCACAUGACAUCCAGUGAUGACAAAGAAGCAGUGGAUAUUUUUCCAUAUCGUUACACCAUUUCUGAAACUUCAGGCCAAAAUAAUCUAUCGGAUGCAACAGAUGAAACAAGUCCUGAAUGCAAGGCAUUAGAAAACUGUGGUGUAAGAGAAUUCCUUAAUGAAGCUCCUUUAAAAUCAGGUCAAAACUCUUUGUUUUAUAUUAACAAAAUGUCUCCCACAUUUAUGGCCUUUAAGGAAGAUGGAUGUAAGUCAACCAUGCUAAGUUCUCCUGAAGAGACACACACUGAGAGAAAAGACAGUUGGAUUGAAGACAGACAAGAUGAUGACGGGGACUCAGAAAUGAGAAACAAUGAGUGUGUUUUUCUGAAACAUCUCUUAAUACAGUACGGUAAACCCUUGAAAGAUUAUGAACUCUGGGCUUUAUGCCAUGAAUGUUUGCUCACUUUGGAGACAUAUACAGAUUAUCCAGCAUAUUUAUGUUUGGAUUCUGUAGUAAUCAACCAUGAUGGAAGAAUUUCUUUUGUUUCAUAUGGAAAUGAAGAAUCGUUGGAUAGGUUUUACUUGGCUCCUGAGACAGCAGAAGAGGGUUUUGUUACUGAAAAGGCCUGUAUUUACUGUAUAGCUGCAAUUUUGUGGAGAGCAGCAAGAAGCAAUUUUCCACCUGAUCACAAAUUGGUGUUGCCAGGGAAACUGAAACAUUUUCUUCUGAAUAUGGCAAGAAGCAAGCCAGAAGACCGCCCUUCUUUAGCAGAUGCAAUUAAGAUUUGUCGUAGUUAUCUGCUUGAACAAAAUAUCAGCAGCAGGAUGAUUCUAGAAGUUUUAGCAAACGUGGCGUUUCAGGACUUCAGAGGAGAGGAUUCUUUUAAUGUUAGCUGGCCUUUUCAAACUGAAAGUUGCUCGGGAAAUGCUAACUUAGGAUUUUUGCCUAUGAGCAAUGAAAGUAAACUGAUAGCAGUCAAAGGACCGGUUCCUUGCCAGUCACCUUUAAACAGAGAAAGGAUCACGUUACCAAAUGCCUUCACUUCUUCAGCAACUCAUUUUAAGCCUAUUAUUCUGCAUCAGAAGGCAAAUGAUAAAAUAGAUGCCAUUGCAACCCCCGUGGUAGACUGUGAAACUAUGACAAGAGUAGCAUCUGUGAGUAGCAGAAGUCCAAAACCUUCAAUUAAUGACAAUGAAAAUAAGACAGAUGAGAUUUCAAAUUUGUCUCCUACCUGUAUGAUGCCUCGUGUUCUGGAACAGAAUGAAGAAGAACCAAAAAUAUUACAACCGAAGGAUUCCGAGGAGCAAUCUCCAAGCAAUACCAGUUCCUCUGACCCUAACUUACCACUUUCUGACUCUUUAUAUGUGUCUCAAGAGAAAUGCACUUUGGAAACAUCUCCCUCGGCUAAUCCCGACUCUACUGUCCCAUCUAGUAUGACUUUUGUAAAUAAUUUUUUUUUAAAACAGGACCCAGAGACAAGGGUGCUGACCCUUGUACCCGUGCAGAUAGCUAUAUCGGAACAAAUACCCAAUAAACCCCUCCAUUCAAAAGCAACUUACAGCUGUUGUCCGAGUUUACAUCUGCUCCUUUCAGAACCUCCAAUGACCUAUGAUGCUAAUGGAGCCUUACAAACCAAUUCAUCCUUAAGUAAUGCAAUUAAAGAUCAAUUUGGUGAUGUACAAAAUAAACGUUGGGACAUCAAAGCAAAGAUGGGUGAUUUGAUGCCAACGACAAUUAAUAAAGAGACUCAAACCAAGCGCUAUGAAAGUAAUCCGUGCCUUGUAUCCUGUAAGGAAGCCAAUACAGAUGCAGAGGGUAGAUUCCUUUUAUCAGAUCAUGCCCAGGAUACCUCGCUCGAUCAAAAUUCUACUGGUUCACUCGUCUUAGAAAGUUCUCAGCAGAAUAAAGGAACGCAGAAUAUUGCCUUGGAGAGCCUUGUGCAACUUAUACAACAAGAGUUUGCAUUUGAUAAAUCUCAGGACAUUACUGAAGCCCUGGCUAUAGGCAAAUAUAUUUUCACUUUAAAGGAUCUCCAAUACAAUACAUUCUGUAAUGCAGUUUCUGAGAAAUUUUGUGGACUUUACUGGGAAGAAAAAUUGCUGGCAAAUCUUUAUGAUGCAGCGAACGGUAGAACUCCUGUACCUGAAAGAAUUAAUGAACCACAAUAUUUGAGCAAGACUUUCCAAAGCAAACCAAAUACCUUUCUGAGUGAGAAUGAGGAAGCAAAAGAUCAUAUUGCUGGUAUGGAUUCAGAUGAGAAGGAAGUUGAAUCACAAACUCCCCUAGUUGGAAUACAGACAGAGGGAGAAUGUUUGCUGACCGAAAAAUGUUGCAGUGGGCCAAGUGUUACAGAAACAGAACAAAAGCAAGAAGAAAUCCAAGGAAGGAUGGAAGAAGAUACGUGCGCCAGCUCUUCCUUGCCUUCUGAUUUGCCUGGAUUUUGUCCUGGUUGGAGCAGCGCAUUCUAUGGUUCAGAAUGGUUCAGUCUAGAUGUACACAAUUAUUUUAGAAAACUUGGAAAACGAAAAGCUCAUGGGACACAAAAUAUUGAUGCUAAAAAAAUGGAACUUGACCAGCUGAUAAUGAUUGAGACAAAAAGUUACAGAAAGAGCAUAACCUUCUACCAGAGGCUGUUGUAUAAAGAGAGAAGCAGCAAAGGUGGAGAAAUAAAAGCUUUGUUGCCAAAGCUGGAGAGACAGAUAGAAGAAAUGAAAGCAAAGAUACGGUUUCUUGAGCUUGUGAAGAAGUAUCUCCAGAUUAUGUAUGCAGAAAAAUGGGGUGUUGAACCAUGCAACUUUCUUACAGUGGUUAAUAUGGGACAAAAUGAAAUGCUGGACAUCAGUGCCUUAGAUGGCAUGCUACUUUUUUAUCACAUAAACAAAACUCCAAGUGAAGCUCAGUAUAAUGACAAUCAAAAUUGCCUAAGAAAUCUUCAAGCUGGAACUCCACUUGGAUUAAUGGCAUAUCUGUAUUCUAGAAAUGCGUUUUUAAAAGGCUAUGUUCAGCAGUUUCUAUUCACUUUUCGCUAUUUCUGCUCACAAGAGGAACUUUUACAAUUUCUUCUGGAUAGAAUCAGAAUUACCUUGCCCAGUUCCAGCCCAGAAUCUUGUUCAUUGUUCAGCAAAAUAUACCACCGCAGUUUCUUCAUUCUUCAAGCUUGGAUCGAAGACUGUUACACGGUAGACUUCAGCAUAAACCCUAAUUUCAUGCGAAUACUAAAAGACUUUAUCAUUUCUCAGGUGGUUCCACUCAAUGGUUAUGGCAGACAGUUGCUAUCAUUACUUAAUAACAUUGCUAGCAAGAAAGAGGGAAAAGUUUCUCAGUUCUGCAUGAUGGAAGAAUGGGAACAAGGGAUGGCGAUCCAUGAAACCCGAUCAUUACGUUUUUCAUGCAAAAGGGACUCCGGAAAUGUUUUACAAAAGCAUCUUAGCUGGAGACUUUCAAAAGGCCCUGAACCACAGUUUUGUCAUAGACCCACAACAGAAGAAUUAUCUGGCUUCUGCAUCAAAAUAGCCGAGGCUCCAUACUUCUUAAAUGAAUAUACUGUGCAACAACUUUGUUCUCAGCUGACAUUAUUAGAACAGGAAAUAUUCCAUAAAUGCCAUCCAGUGCAUUUUCUAAAUUCAAGAUUGCUCGGAGUCAAAGAUAAAACCGUGCCUCUCCCAAAAGCUUCUUCCUCUGAAUUGCUAACUACUCCGACUUAUAACCUUUUUGUGAAAAACUGUGUCCAGGAUGAUUACCUUCUGCAGCUUUUAAAAUAUGCAGAUAAUGUCAGUACCUGGGUUGCUGCUGAGAUUGUCACCAGUUGCAGCUCUAAGGUACAGAUGAAUUGGGUAUCAAAAUUUCUCUUCACUGCCAAGUGUUGCUACAAGCAAAGAAAUUUUGCCACUGCGAUGCAGAUCCUGAGAGGCCUGGAAAAUCUCAUUGUCAGACAAUUGCCUAUUUGGAAAAAUUUGCCUUCUAAAGUUUCUGACAUACUGGAAGAACUGAAGGCUGUAGAGGUAUUUUUAAAAAGUGACAGCUUGUGCUUAAUGGAAGGGGAGAGAUUUAAAACACUGCCAACAAUUCCAUCGGCUCACAUACUAGCUAUGCACAUACAGCAACUUGAAACUGGAGGAUUUACGAUGCGAAAUGGCACCUACAGGUGGACCAAACUUAGAAAUAUUGCAAAAGUUGUAAGCCAAGUUCAAGCAUUUCAAGAAAACCCCUACAUGUUCCCACCAGAUUGCCAAUUACAAGAUUUCUUAAGACAACGAAUAGCUUUUCUUAACAAUGCAGACAUCUUCACAUUAGCAGCUGACAAUUAUGCCAACUUUCAUCAGAAACCUGAAAAGCAAUCUCGAAAAAUCCAAGAUGCAUUACACAGGAUGAAAGCAAUGUUUCAGUAAGGUUUAUAUACAUCUCUUGAGCAAUUUCUAUUUAAAGAAACAUCUUCCUGGAUCAACUAAUUACUAACUAGCUGUACAGAUAGUCCUCGAUUUAUGACCACAAUUGAGCCCAAAAUUUCCAUUGCCAAGCAAGGCAAUUGUUAAGUGAGCCAUGCUCCAUUUUAUGGCAUUUUUGCCAUGGUUAAGCAAAUCGCUACGGUUGCUAAGUGAAUCGUGGUCAUUAAGCAAAACUGGAUUCCCCCAUUGACUUAUUUUCAUUAGUUUCAUUUGAGUUUAUUCCUUGAACUGGAUACAAAAAAAUAAGGGUUAAUAAUCCCCAUUUAGAGAAUAAACGAAAAUAUAUGAUGCCUUCAAAAAAGUAAAAGAAUUGAAAUGGAAAUAGGCUGGUCACAUAGCAAGAAGAACUGAUGGCAGGUGGACCAAGGCAGUCAUAGAAUGGAUCCCACUUGAUAAAAGGCAUCCAUGACAGAGACCUAAAACAAAAUGAAGCAACGACAUCAACAAGUAUUGUGGGGCCCAACUGGCGAAGGAAAGCUGAAGUACGUAUUGGUUGGAAACAUGUGGAAGAGGCCUUCAUCCUGCAGUGGAUAGACAUAGCUAAGAUGAUGAUGAUGAUGAUGAUGAUGAUGAAGAAGAAGAAUCACCAUUUUGAAAACAAUGUUGAUUGAGAUUUGCAUUCGGCUCAGUUUCUAUUUGGAACUGCCAAUCCUUUGGAGGCAUUUGCAAGAUUCCUGCUGUUAGUUUCUUCAUUUAAUAAUAAGUUAGCUUCAGAAUAACAUAUCAAAGGCGUGUAAAGAAAUUAAUAUUAAAUAUUUUCCCACCUUUAUUUUGACUUGAAGACAGAGGUUACAGAUAAAGAUUAAAUCUGAGUAUAUCUUGUCAGAAGACCCAGUUUUUCAUAAACAUUUCACUAUCUUAACAACAACAACAACAAAACAUCAGUACAAUCACAUCUGGAGAAACAGUGGCAUCCAUAAGGGUGAAUCUACAAAGUUAAGAGGGUGAUUAGAACUGCACAAUCAAAGCCUUGCUCCUUUUUAAUGUGUGAUGCAUUCAUGAUACACAAAAGGGGCCAGGCUUGAAUUGUGUGGCUGUGUCCGCCAACCUGAGUUUCUUGACUCCCCUUUGGAGAUUUCUGCCCAGAAACUCAUUUCGUUGCUAAUUUAUUGAUCACCAGAUUAAGCAGGUUCAGAAUUGGAACUAGUCCUGCCAUUAUUUUCUCCAAUAAAGUUUGAUUCCUCGAAUUUCAUAAAUCUGCUGCAUGUUCUCUGUGGUUUUUGCAUAAAAAGUCUAGUGCAGAGAAACUGCCAAUGGAAUAAGAGCACUGAACAUAUCCUGAGCCAACAUCUGUUACUAUGUGGCCAAAGGAGAAACUGGAGACAAAGGUUGACAUUAAAAAAAAGACAAGUAGCAUGUCAGCGUGCCAAGUAAUACAUCCGCCAAAAGCAAAACUCCGACACAGGUAGAUUCCUCAAAGAACAUAUUGGAUACAGCAUAUCAGCACAGCUAGUGAAAACCAACUCUAAAAGUUCCCACAGUUGUCCCCCUAAUUAAAAGAGCGAAUAUUUCUCUCCCCAGAUGUCACCGGUUACAUUGUCCAAUGAGAGUAGCCGGGAGACUGCUUGUUCACUCCUCUGUUGGGAUGACCUUGGUUCCCAUAAGAAAACCCUUUGUUUUGACUGGUAACUGGUCUAUCUAUUUCCCCUUCCAAAGUUUGUGGCAAAUAUGAGGCAGGAAAAGAUGGCUUCAGCCAAGCUCGCUUCAAAGUUGACACACUGGAUGUAACCCAUAGGCAACCAAUUACCAGCCACUAGUUUAGCUCAAUGGUGACCUGAAAGGUCUUACCCUGAUUAUUUGAGUAACUUGCUACAAUUUAGGAGUGGACAUACUAAAUUCAAAACAAAACCCCACAAUGGCCAUAUGGCUAGAGUCCUUAAUUAAAACUAAGUAACAAUUAAAGUCUUCCAUCUGACAACUUGCAGGAGAUCUGUUGAGAGCUCUGCUUGUUGCUUGGGAGAGAGUAGAAGAUAUCAAAAGACAAAAAGAUGCAUCAACAGGAGAUGGUCCUACCACUUCUAGUAAGUGCCUCCAAGGGAAUGUAUCCCUCUAAUGACAAAAUGAGGGAUGCAGUGGCUUAGUCACUGAACUUGUUGAUUGAAAGGUAGGCAGUUCAGCGGUUCAAAUCCCUAGUGCCGCAUAAAGGGGUGAGUUCCCGUUACUUGACACUGAACUUGUUGAUUGAAAGGUCGGCAGUUCAGUGGUUCAAAUCCCUAGUGCUGCAUAAUGGGGUGAGCUCCGGUUACUUGUCCCAGCUUCUGCCAACCUAGCAGUUCGAAAGCACGUAAAAAAUGCAAGUAGAAAAAUAGGGACCACCUUUGGUGGGAAGGUAACAAUGUUCCAUGUGCCUUUGGCGUUUAGUCAUGCCAGUCACAUGACCACAGAGACGUCUUCAGACAGCGCUGGCUCUUCAGCUUUGAAACGGAGAUGAGCACCGUUCCCUAGAGUCGGGAACGACUAGCACAAAUGUGCAAGGGGAACCUUUAUCUUUACCUAGUGACAAAAUAUUUUCUGCUCUCAAUUACCUAAUGCUACCUGAGUACUCACAUAGUAUCAGCCUCCAUAGGUAAUAAGAAAAGAAAAUGUUUAGUUGCCCAUUUGCUCCUAAUGUUCUUCCACAUCUAUUAGUUUUGGGGGUUGGCAUGGCCUUCUAAGAUUGAAUUCUCAACAUACAGAAAUGAUUAGACUUGAAUCUGGUUUCUUGAGUCAGAUUAGCUAAACUGAAAGCAGAGACUUAAUUCCAAAUCAUUAAAAAAAUGUUCAGUAUCUAUUCUUCUUCUUAUACCAGCUCUAUUUCUAGUUUAUGGUUCUAAGGCAGCAUAUGAUUCCUUUUCAAGAAUAAUUUUCAUACAAAUUUGCAAACAUGAUGCGUUUCUAUGUGUGCUAUGUAUUUGAUUGGAGUGAUGUUUUGUAUGCAUGUACUUAACUUUCAUUACUUUUUUCUGUAAUGUAUCCUAUUAAAACAGAUCACCUGUUAAACAAUUAGUUGCGGACACUGAUUUGUUUCAAAGGAUUUAAAUCCUUCAUUUAAGCUGAAGACCCUGUUAUUCCAGCAAGCUGGUCUGAUGGGACAAUAAUUUUAAUCGCGUUUUAAAUAUGGGUUUUUAACAUGGUUUUAUAAGGGUUGUAGACCGAAUUUUAAAUUCGGCCAAAAAUUGAAUUAUUUUAAUAUGGUUUUUAAAUUUGUCUUGUAUAUUGUUUUAUUAUGGCUGUUCACCGCCCUGAGUCCUUCGGGAGAAGGGCGGUAUAAAAAUAUAAUAAAAUCAAAUAAAUCAAAUCAAGUAUUUAUUAUAUCACCUAGAGGUAAUUUUCCUAUUGAAUCUGAAGAAGAUUAAUCAUAGUGAUAUGUUUUAUUUUGUUUGAAAACAUUUUUCAUUUUCAAUUCAGUCGAAUCUCUGUUUUUGAAUUUUUAUAUGGAAUUAUUUUUCAAAAGUUUUUAAGCUGUAAAAUCUGUAAAAAUUGUUUAAUCAUGAGCAAAUUUGAGCAAGUAUUUCUCUGUAAAUUACAGUGUCAAAAUUAUUUUAAAAGAACCUCUUUCCACCAUUAUGUCAUUCUGUGCUAUGCUGAGGACCUAAAGUACUUUCCAAUAAUUGACUUGAAAUUUUCUAAAAUCUGUUCUCAGACGUCAACAUAUAAGUUACUUUUUAAACUUUUUAAACUCUGCUUAUAUUUUUAUAUGAAACAAUCAGUAUUUUCAAGCCAAAGUAUUGCUUUUAAAAAUAUCUUAUGAUAUGAUGUGAAAAUAAAUGAUUAAGUCUAGAGGAAACUUCUUGUCUAAUUGCUAUUUUUAUUAAAUUUUCUGAUUUAUUUUGAUGUUGACUUGAACAUAGGGAGAAACAGGCAUUUUUAAUACACUAUUAAUACAAAUUGAAACCUUUUAUUAAUAUACCUGCAGCAACCUCUUAUCCAACUCCAAAUUAUUUUCAAUAAAGUUUGAGAAUUUGU